AUGAUGCAGCAGCAGCAGCAGCAAGAGGAGGACCCAGCACCGCCACCCGCAGUCGCCGAUCCCGACCCACCGCCGCCCCCCCACCGCGGUGAUGCCGCCGCCGCCUCCUCCGCCACGCAGACGCUCCCCUCCCGCAACGCCUCCUCCAAGUACGAUUUCGUCAAGGUCAAGGUGUGGCUCGGGGAGAACGCCGACCACUACUACGUCCUCUCCAGGUUCCUCCUCAGCAGGAUGCUCACAGUCACCAAGAUUCCUAAUCAUGUCGCCAUCAAGAUUGCCCUUGAGCUCAAGAAGCUGCUUGUCGACAACAGCCUGCUUGAUGUCUCCCAGAGUGAUCUAGAGGCUAAUCUAUUCAAGCUUAUGGAAAAACGGGGAUAUGGAGAGGACUAUAUAAAUCGCUAUAAAAUGAUGACAAGGUUCCAUCAUCAAAGGGUUCCACUAGUAAUUUUAGUGUGUGGAACUGCAUGUACUGGAAAAUCAACAAUCGCUACACAACUUGCUCAGAGGCUCAAUUUGCCUAAUGUUUUACAGACAGACAUGGUGUAUGAGCUGCUGCGGACAUCAACAGAUGCGCCACUUACUUCAGUUCCCGUGUGGGCUCGCGAUUUUAAUUCACCUGAAGAGCUUAUCACUGAAUUCUGCAGAGAAUGCAGAGUUGUACGCAAGGGUUUGGCUGGCGAUUUGAAGAAGGCCAUGAAAGAUGGGAAGCCAAUUAUUAUAGAGGGAAUACAUUUGGAUCCAAGCAUUUAUCUUAUGGAUGAGGAAAAGGGAGAUGGUAAUUCCAGGACGGAGAAGACAGUAAUGGAUUCUGAAAAUCCAGGCAUCUCUAUAGAAAGGAAGACCGAACACCAAUCCAAAAAUGGACUAGCAGAGAACAGGAUGAAUCCUAUGGAGGAAAACAAAAACUUUGUCAAAAUCAAAGAAAGCAUGCUGGAGGAAGGUAGAACCAGUGAAGGACUAUCUUAUGCUGAGAGCCAUGAAACCAAGAUUCACGAUUCUGCACGUUCUCAAGAAAAAAAUUCCAAAGAUGAAAGUGAUGGGCACAAAGAUUUGGACCAACAGAAGAAUAACACCACCAAGAAAGACAAACCUGCUGCUGAACCGAUAGUUGUUCCGAUUGUACUGAGGAUGUCUGAUUUUGAUCACAAAGCAUUGUUAGAGGAAUGGAUAGCCACUAGAGCUUUCAGAGAUAAUUGCAUUCCUCAGGAUCAUCGGAAACUUAUAAACAACCUUAAGCUUAUUCAGGACUACCUUUGUUCUUUUGAGUCACAGGGAUUGACCAUUGUUGAUAUCUCAGCAAAUUCGUUUCCUCAAACAUUAGAUUGGCUUCACAGCUAUCUUCUUCAGGUCCAGCCCCUCUGGUUUUGA